AUGGCUACUCCUUUGAAACUACUCAUCCUAAUCUCCAUCUUCAUCUCCUCGACGAUCGUCGUCGCCAUUGAAGACGCCUCAUCACCAGCAUCAUCACCAUCCCCGCCGUAUCCAUCCUCUCUCUUCGGCCCAGUUCUUACCAAUCUCGGUUUCCAAGAACUCGCCGCCGCCGCCGCCUCUCUCUCCACCGCCACCACAUGGCGAGGCCCCGCCACCGUGUUCGCUCCCACCGAUUCCUCGCUCCUCACCUGCCCUACCUGCUCCGUUCCCCUCCUCCUCCAAGAACACACCAUCCCAGGCCUCUACCCUCUCCACUUCCUGCGCACGCUAGCCUUCGGCACCAAGAUUGAAACCCUAGCCCCCGGCCGAUGCAUCAACAUCAACGCCGACAACAACUCUUCCAGAAUCUUCGUCAACGGCGUCGAGGUCACUCGUCCGGACCUCUUCAACAACGGCCUCGUCGUCGUUCACGGCAUCCAAGGCUUCAUCUCUCACCUAUCGCCGUUCUCUUGCCACAUCGAGCGAAUGACUUCUCUCUCAUUCCCUCCGGCGCCGCCGGUGGAGAAGUUCUUUAUGAUGCGCAUGAUGCUGAAGGACGCCAUGCUCCGAUUACAGAUCAGUGGCUACAGCGUACUCGCUCUUGCUCUGAGAGUCAAGUAUGUAGAGCUAUUGAAUCUUCGAACGGUGACCGUGUUCGCUCUUGACGACAAGUCGAUUUUUUCCGGCGGUCACGAUUACGUCUCCCAUUUGAGGUUCCACAUGGUGCCGAACAGGCUGUUGAGGGCGUCUGAUUUGGAGAUUUUGCCGAUGGCGACGGAGUUGCCAACGAUGGAACAAGGACAGAAGCUGGUGGUGACAACCGCGGGUGGCGGCGGGCCGUUGACGCCGAUGAGGAUCAACUACGUGAAGAUCAAGGGUUUUGAUUUCAUACACAAUAUCAAGAUCGUGGUUCAUGUACUGUCAUUCCCGUUUCCGCACGUUCGUCAUACAGAUACGACGGCUUAUGCUGAUCCCAUCGAACGGUCAGCAUGGAAAAUGAAGGAAUCAGGCUUCACGGGGUACGCUGGGAUGCGAGGCAUGAUGGCCCCUACGCAUGCGAUUGAAUCAACAGAGGAGAUUGAAUCGAAGCAUGGCCUCUAA